UUUUCUAAUUUCCAACCUCUUUUUGGCCUUCGAUUAAAAAGAAAAAAAGUGAAAGGUGAGGUUUAAAUAUUCUUCCUUUGAGCAUAAUCAGAACCCGUUUUCCUCCUCUUUUCGAUUCUAAACAAGCUUCGAAGAUUUAAACUUGAAUCUAUUCUUUCUUUAUUGAGCUGCUGUAUCUGGUAAUAACUGUAUAUAGUGAAGUUGGCAAUUUCAGACACUUCGAUUUUCUAUUCAUUUUCAGUACUAUGCUGAAGGAAGAUACCUAUUUAAGCAUGAGUAGUCACCAGCAGCCCAAGAGGAGAGUGGCAUUUGUGUUGAUCGAUGGGUUGGGAGACGUAUCUCUACCAAGGUUUGGAUACAAGACUCCUUUGCAAGUAGCCAAUGUGCCCAAUUUAGAUGCCAUUGCAUCUGCUGGAGUUAAUGGUCUCAUGGAUCCUGUCGAAGUAGGCUUGGGCUGUGGAAGUGACACAGCACACCUUUCUUUAUUGGGUUAUGACCCACGAGUAUACUACAGGGGACGAGGCGCUUUUGAAUCCAUGGGUGCCGGAUUGGCCAUGUCACCCGGGGAUAUUGCAUUCAAGUCAAAUUUUGCUACAUUGGAUGAGAAGACUGGAAUAGUUACCAGUAGGAGGGCUGACCGGCAUUUUGAGGAUGAAGGGCCCGUCCUCUGUGCAGCAUUGGAUAGAAUGAAGCUCCCAUCUUUUCCGCAGUAUGAAGUUAGAGUCAGGUAUGCAACAGAACACAGGUGUGGGGUCGUCGUAAAAGGACCAAAAUUAAGUGGAAAUAUAUCGGGGACUGAUCCUUUGAAGGACAAUCGCCUACUAUUGCAAGCUGAGCCACUAGAUGAUACUGAUGAAGCAAGGCACACAGCAGCAGUUGUUAAUGAGUUAUCCAAGGAGGUUUCAAAAAUUCUCGUUUCUCACCCAUUGAAUGCAAAACGGGCAGCAGAAGGGAAGAACAUUGCCAAUGUUGUUCUUUUGCGGGGCUGUGGUAUUCGAAUUGAGGUUCCUUCAUUUCAAAAGAAACAUGGGCUGUGCCCAUGCAUGGUAGCUCCUACUAAAAUAAUAGCUGGUUUGGGCCUAUCACUUGAUAUUGAUAUCCUGGAGGCUCCUGGUGCAACUGGAGAUUAUCGAACACUUUUAACUUCCAAAGCCAAUGCCAUAGCUAAGGCACUCUCAGCUCCUUUGAAUACAUGCCCUAAUGUAUUUGUGCCAGGGGAGGAUGAGCACAAGCCAGGGCGACCAGGUGGCUAUGAUUUUGGAUUUCUCCACAUUAAGGCAGUAGAUGAUGCAGGCCAUGAUAAGGCGAGUGUUUUCAAAGUCAAAGCAUUGGAAGCUGUCGAUCAAGCAAUAGGUCAGCUGGCCAGACUCCUCUGGCAGGCAGAGAGAACUGGGGAUUUCCAGUACUUCCUUUCUGUCACGGGAGACCACUCAACUCCAGUUGAAUAUGGAGAUCACAGCUUUGAACCAGUUCCCUUCACGAUGUGCCGGUUAAAAGACUUUGUAGGGGCCGUGGGAGGGGAGUCUACUGUCAUGAAAACUUCCCUUGACCCAUUUCCUCUUCCAGCCUUUAUGGCUGGUGAAGACCUGACAGAAGAUUCGAAAACAGAGAAAGAGAGAAGUAGCCAUCAGCUUCAAGCUUUCAGUGGUGAUUCAGUUUGUGAGUUCAGUGAGAUUGCGGCGGCAAGGGGUUGUCUUGGACGUUUUCCGGGAGGUGAGAUGUUGGGAAUUAUAAAGAACUAUCUUAAAUUAAGCGCAUAAACUGAAAAUCAUUUGGUACUCAGAGAUGCAUUGUGAUCACACAUUGAUCAAUUCCUACAGUGGCUCUUGAAUAAAGAUAAUUGGAAAUUGAAAAUAGCUGUGAUCUUGUUAGUCUUAAUCAUCAAAAUUUUGGCAUAAUUUUCUGACAUUGUAGGAUAAUGGGAUCUUUUGGUUAUAUGUCAUAAGAUGUAUAGAAAUAGAACUUCUUGGUGAAUUUAUCUA